ACACCUUAUCUCUUUAGCCUCAGAAAAUAACAGCAAGGGGGGAAGCAGCAUCAUCAUUUCUGAACUCAAAAAUGGCAGGCCGUGACAGAACAGACGAAAAGAUGCGGAAGUUGUUUCUUGGUGGUCUCCACCGGGACACAACAGACGAUGACAUAAAGAACCACUUCUGCAAGUUCGGCAAAGUUGUCGACCAAGUGGUCAUCACUAAAAAGACAGGAGAGUCUAAAGGUUUUGGCUUUGUCACAAUGUCAUCAGUUGAAGAUACAGAGAAUGUCCUAGCCAACAACGACGGUGGAAGACAAGACAUGUUUGGCAACAGCGUUGAAGUCAAAAGAGCAGUUCCAAGAGAGUCAUCACAAGGCGGAUUUGGCGGUGAUGGUGGUGGUGGUGGAAGGAGGGACGGUGCUGGCGGCAGAGCUGUUAAGAAGAUGUACAUCGGAAACCUUCCCCCACAAAUGACAGAGGAUGAUUUGCAUGACUUCUUUGGGAACCACGGCACAGUCACCAGCGUCAAGAUCCCUAUGUCCAGGGACACUGGAGAGAGACAGAAGUUUGCCUUCGUCGAGCUAGAAGAGACGAAAGCUGUGGAUGACCUUGUCUCACAAGGUGACCAUGAGUACAACGGGCAGAAGUUCUACGUAAAGAAGGCCAUGCCACAAGGAGACAGAGAGCGUCGUGGUGGCGGCGGCGGUGGUGGUGGUGGUGGUAGAUACGGUGGUGGUGGAUUCGGCAGCCGUGGUGGUGGCUAUGGAGGAGGAGGCGGUGGAUAUAAUGGUGGUGGUGGAGGAGGCUACAGACAGGGAGGAAGCAGCAGAGGAGGCGGGGGAGGUGAGACUUCAGGUUACAACAGAUAUGGCAGUGGUGGUGGAGGAGGCAGCUACUCUGGUAGUAGCUACGGAAGCGGUGGCGGUGGUGCUUCAUCGUACAAUGACUCUUAUAGUUCAGGAGGUGGUAGUAGCUAUGACAGCUUAGGAUCUAGUUAUGGACAGAGCAGCUCCGGCUAUGGACCAAUGAAAAGUGGCGGCGGUGGUGGUGGUCAGUACUCCUCGUAUGGUUCUGGGGGUUACAGCAGUGGUGGUGGUGGCAGCGGUGGAUACUCUAAUGGCAAUAAUUCGUACUCGUCGUCUACAAGGACAAACUAUGGCAGUGGUGGUGGUAGUGGUGGAUACAACAGUGGAGGCAGUGGUGGUGGAUACAGUGGAAGCAGUGGGGGAGGAGGAUACAGCAGGGGUGCUCCGUACUAGUAAAGUCAACAAUGAGCUGGCUGAUGUAAGUACAAUGCACAGCAGGAGUGUCUUGAGUCUCGUCCAUCUAGGCUGCCUUUGAUCUCUAGACCUGUAACCCAAAAGACUAAGUUGCCUGAAGGAUGGUUAGUCAUAGUGACCCCAAGGAUCUAAGUGAGACUUUAAGGAAGUUGGAAGUAAACCAACUCAAGGAAUCGACUAUCCAGACUGCGUUUAUCCUUGGAUGAACGCUCGACAUGUUGUAAAUAAAAACCAGACCCAAUACUUAACAAUAAGGGCUGGCCCUCUAUAACCAGUUCCAUCUUAACCCCCCUGUUUUAUGAAAGACAUUUACUUGAGUUUUAAAAUACUUCACCAACUUUUUGGGGCAAUGACCAAUGAUGAGAGCUCAAACCAACCAUGUAAAAAGCUCGAGGGUUUGAGAGUAAGAAUCUGUUGGAAUUUAGUUCAGCUUUGCUUUGAACCUUUUGAGCACAUAAAUUAAUAAGAUGUCUGUUAAAACAGAGACUUUCAUCAGGUUGAAAUUUAUUUUUUCUAAAACCUUAAAAUUAAACUUUCCAUUUGAAACCAUUUUUGUUCAUUACUGAAAAAGAAACGAGAAAGGAAAGGGAAAACAAAUUGAAUGUCUUUGUCAUUUGCAAAUUGCCCUUUGUUGUAUUGCUAUUUUACGUCUUGUAUAGUUACUAAGAUUCAUAUACUGUUACAUUUUCUGAGCUUCUAUUAGGUCUGUUAAUCUGGUACCGAUAUUGGCAAUUCAAACAUCUCUAGUCUACAGUUGAACGUGUUCUCCAGGAGGAUUCUCAAACUAAAAUCACUGAAUAGACAAAAAGCAAAAAGGGGUUUCGUCAUCUGGUCCCCUUAACCAGAUUGUUGUUACACAGAUCUUGUAACAAAUUGUCGAACACACUCUUGCCUUUAGGAUGCGAUAAAUGUAGCCGGAUUUAAGUCUGAAAAUUUCACUCUAAACCACUUGGAUCAUCGAGCGAUAAUUAGAUCUCAUCUUUUGAUAAUGAUCAGCUUGUGCCAUUGCAUUGAUACCAGUUUAUGAGUCCUAGGUUUUUGUAUAAUAAUUACGCACCGAUGUUUUUUUUGUGGACAGUGCUAGGAGUGCCUCGAAGCAAAAAUACAAAUCCUGAGUCAAUAUUUUAUGAAAUGUCCAUCAGUGUAGUUUUUGGGGGAGUUGAGUCUUUAUACCUAUAGAUAAAUGUAAAAUGAUAUUGCAUAAGGGAAUGGUUUAAUUCUUAAGUCUGAAGUUCUUUUUCACUAUUUUGGGGUUAGGUUGCCUCUAUGUUGCCAAUGGAAAUAACAAAUCAACAUUUAUGAAUACAUCACAAUUUAUCUGCUUGCACAUGCGGAGGAUUUUGGGGCACACUCGGCUUUUAUUUGUACUAGACCAAAAAAACAACAUGACAAAUUUUAAAGAAAAACAACCUUUGCACCUUGCAAUAUUUACACACUGGUAUUGAAACUCUAUUGAGAUUGUCUAAAUCUAUGAAUUAAGUGUACAAUUUUAACAGUUAAAUGGAUUCAAGUCAUUAGUUUUCAACAGUAAAAUGUUCAAUAUCUGAAGAAAAAUAAACCUUUCAUUUUUCUUUGCAUUCUGCAGUUUUUUAAAGGGUGGAAUAUUGAAUUACAGAAUUGGAGAUUCACAAACACAAACGUUUUGAAAAAACUUACAGGUUUAUGCAGCAUAAUUUUCUCUCACAGACUUAAAAGCUAUGUGUGUCUAAAAAGCCAAUGGAAUGACAUGUUUGAAAUUGAUUAUUUUGUAUCUUUUUGCCGCACUCAAAAGAAGUAUUUUUUAAGCAUUUUAAUCAAGAUCUUUGUUAUUAAUUUUACUGUUUAAAAAUCCUUAUUUGUAAUCUAGUAUUCUUCGUUUUAUACAUGUAUGGUUUAAUGACUAGACUUGUCUUAUAAGUGUAUUGCUGUUUGGUAUUUAGAGUCGAAUAAACUUUGUAAUUGUCAAGAACGACCACAAUUACAAAACCAGUUCCUAAUUAACAAAUCUA